GACCCCCCGCCCGCAGCCCCUCGGCUGGAGCAAGCCGCGGCCGCAGUCGUACCAGAGCCCCAGCGGACUGCUCGUCACCGACUUCCCCGUGGAGGACAGGUGCGCCCUCUCCGUGACUCAGCCCGCCGGCACCGGCAGCCCCGCCAUGGGAUCGGUGUCCAACGGGACCGUGCGGCCGCCGGGCUCGCCCGCGCUGUCCCCGGAGCGUCGCUCCCGGCUGCUCGCCCUGGCUCCGGGCAGCCCCGUCGGUUCGACCGCCAACGGCACCAUCUCCCCGCCGGGCAGCGCGCAGGGCCGCCGGCCGCGGCCGCCCAGGACCGCGGGGCUGGCCCCGCAGCAGCAGCGGAUCGUGUUCGGAGCCAGCGCUCAGCCCGCACCGUGCCCCCGGGCUGCCGGGGCCCCGGAGGAGCCGGGAGGGUUCCCCGGGAGCGGCCGGGCUGCGGAGGAGCCGAGAGGGUUCCCCGGGAGCGGCCGGGCUGCCGAGCCCCCGGAGGAACUGGGAGCAUCCCCCAGGCACGGCCGGGGUGCCGGGGCCCCGGAGGAGCCGGGAACAUCCCCCAGGCACGGCCGGGGUGCCGGGGCCCCGGAGGAGCCGGGAACAUCCCCCGGGCACGGCCGGGGUGCCGGGGUCCCGGCGGAGCCGCGGCCGUGCCCCGGGAGCGGUCCGGCGGGGCCGGGCGCGGAGCCCCCCGCGCUGCCCGGCCCGCAGCAGCUGAUCCCCCGCAGCCUGGCCGAGAGCCGGCCCGCGGGCCGCGGCCAGGGCCCCGAGCGGGGCCUCCGGGUGCGCAGCCUGCCGGAGCCCCCCCGGCCCGCCCCGGGCAGCGACCCCGAGGACGAGCCCGAGGGCGGCCCGGGCGCGCUGCGGCGGGGGCUGCGCUCCACGUCCUACCGCCGGGCCGUGGUCAGCGGCGUGGACCUGGACGGCUCCGCCGAGUGCAAGAAGAAAAACAGAAUGUCCCAGCCCAUCCUGAAAGCGGUGGUUGAAGAUAAGGAGAAGUUCUCGAGCCUGGGGAGGAUAAAGAAGAUGCUGAAAGGACAAGGGACGUUCGAUGGGGAAGAAAAUGCUGUAUUAUAUCAGAACUAUAAGGAAAAAGCUCUGGACAUAGAUUCUGAUGAAGAGUCUGAGCCCCAAGAGCAGAAGUUGGACGACAAGGUUGUUUUUCACUGUAAGCCCCUGAGGUCGACGUGGAGCCAGCUCUCCGUGGUGAAGAAGAAUGGCCUGUCAGAAGCCAUCAGCCUGGAGGAAAGGAAGAGACAGGAGGCAAUAUUUGAGGUGAUAUCUUCUGAGCACUCCUAUCUGCUGAGCUUGGAGAUUCUGAUCCGGAUGUUUAAAAAUUCCAGGGAGCUGAGCCUCACAAUGACCAAAACCGAGAGCCACCACCUCUUCUCCAACAUCACAGAUGUUUAUGAAGCAAGCAAAAAGUUCUUUGAAGAGCUCGAGGCAAGGCACCAGAACAACAUUUUCAUCGACGACAUCAGCGACAUCGUGGCGAGGCACGCGGGCUGCACCUUCGACCCCUACGUCAAGUACUGCAGCAACGAGGUGUACCAGCAGCGCACCCUGCAGAGACUGCUAGCCACAAACCCGGCGUUUAAGGAGGUGUUGUCCCGGAUCGAGUCCCACGAGGAUUGCCGGAACUUGCCCAUGAUCUCCUUCCUCAUCCUCCCCAUGCAGAGAGUCACUCGCCUGCCCUUGCUGAUGGAUACUAUUUGCCAGAAAACCCCCAAGGAUUCAGCAAAAUACGAGAACUGCAAGCAGGCUCUGAAAGAAGUCAGCAAGCUCGUGCGUCUGUGCAACGAGGGCGCCCGCAAGAUGGAGAGGACGGAGAUGAUGUACACGAUCAACUCCCAGCUGGAAUUCAAAAUCAAGCCAUUUCCAUUGGUUUCCUCUUCACGGUGGUUGGUGAAAAGGGGUGAAUUAACAGCUUAUGUAGAAGACACUGGACUUUUUUCCAAAAGAACCUCUAAGCAGCAGGUCUACUUCUUCCUCUUCAAUGAUGUCCUCAUCAUCACCAAGAAGAAGAGUGAGGAGAGCUACAACGUCACCGAGUACUCGCUGCGGGAGCAGCUGCUGGUGCUGCCCUGUGCUGGGGAGGAGCCCAGCUCCUCUCCGGCCAGGAGCGCGGCCGGGAUGCUCCACCGCCCUUCUGCCUGCCACCUCUUCAGGCUCCUGCUGCUCUGCAACCACGCCGGGGACAGGGGGGAGAUGCUGCUGGGGGCAGAGACUCAGAGUGACAGAGCCCGCUGGAUCACGGCGCUGGGCCAGGACGGCGACGGGCACCACACGGACAGGACCACGCUGGCUCAGGUGGAGAUCAUCAGGACAUACACAGCCAAGCAGGCCGAUGAGCUCUCCCUCCAAGUCGCUGAUGUCGUUUUGGUUUAUCAGAAAGUGAAUGAUGGCUGGUACGAGGGGGAGCGGCUGCGGGAUGGCCAGAGGGGCUGGUUCCCCUCGGAGUGCGCCAGGGAGAUCACCUGCAGGGCCACGCUGGACAAGAACAUGGAGCGCAUGGGGCGCCUGCUGGGGCUGGAGACCAACGUGUAGCUGUGUCCUCAUCCCCUGGGGCUGGAGAUGAACAUGUGGCCGUGUCCUCACCCUGCUGGGGCUGGAGACCAAUGUGUAGCUGUGUCCUCACCCUGCUGGGGCUGGGGCUGGAGACCAACACAGCCAUGUCCUCAUCCCCUGGAGCUGGAGACCAACGUGUGGCCGUGUCCUCACCCCCUGGGGCUGGAGACCAACGUGUAGCCAAGUCCUCACCCUGCCGGGGCUGGAGACCAACACAACACAGCCGUGUCCUCACCCCCUGGGGCUGGAGACCAACGUGUAGCCGUGUCCUCAUCCCCUGGAGCUGGAGACUAACACAGCCGUGUCCGCAUCCCCUGGGGCUGGAAACCAACGUGUGGCCGUGUCCUCAUCCCCUGGGGCUGGAGACCAACACAGCCGUGUCCUCACCCUGCUGGGGCUGGAGACCAACACAGCCGUGUCCUCACCCUCUGGGGCUGGAAACCCAACAUGUAGCUGUGUCCUCACCCUGCUGGGGCUGGAGACAGCUCCGGGCUCUGUCAAGGCUGACCUACCUCUCCAGUGCACAUCCAGGGAUGUGCCCAGCCCGGCACGGGCAGAGCUGGCACCAGCAGAGCUGCCAGGACUCUGCAGCUGCACCUCCGAGUUCUGCUGUGGGCCCAGGAAAAGGCAGCAGCCUCUGCAGUGGUGCUGCUCAUCCCAGCACAGGUAUUUUACUGCAGAGUAACUGCUGGGAGCGGGGCAGUUGUUCUGCUGCCCUCAGCUCUCUGCCCAGGCCUUGCACUUCACCUCUCUGUGCUCCGAGGAGAACGUGAAACGCACUCACGGCUGAGCAGGGGAGGGUGUCUGAGAGAGGGGUGAGUGUGCUUGAUAAAAACCCUCCCUUGUAAGGACCAGCUGCUGUCUCAGCAGUGCAGAAUUGAGGGGACAACUUGCAGUACCAAGGCUUUCUGCUGCUGCCUUCCUCAGCCUCUGCUGGGUUUUAUUCCGUGAGAUGCUGACUUGAGUGCUGUGUGAAUUGGGUGCUUGUACAGAUGUGUGGCUCUAAUAAUUUAAACUACACUAGGAAGGCAGUAAUUUUGUACAAAAAUACUUACCUGGACAGUGUGACAGUGGUUAUACAGCCUUGCAAAUUAAUUUAUAAGUGGACUGAUAAUAUAGUAAUGAGAGAAACUGUAAAUGGAACAAAGACUUAUUUAACAUAGUAAAAACACUGCUACUGUUUUAACAAAUUCUACUGUAUACAUGUGGAUGUUUAACACAAAACUGAAUGUAUAAAUCCAGGCAUUAAUUUUAUUCAGAUUUUUUUUUAAUACACUGUAUAUAUUUUUCAUACCUAGUUUUUCCAAAAAUGCUGUAAUGUUUUGUAAAGACACUUUUCAUUUUUCCUAUUGUUGGACACAGUUCUUCAGGAAUUAAAAGACUUCUAUGAUUUUAUAGGACAACAAUCAAUAAAGUGCUUUUAAAUCCUUACUAAAAAAA